UUAUAGCGGGACUGCGGCGGGCAUUCUGACACUGGGGGGGAAUUGACUUGGUGUCACUGACAUCCCCAGUGACACCAAUAUAGAGAUGAGUGCUAAAAAGAAGCACUGACACUGUUCUAAUGGCACUGGGCAGGAAGGGGUUAACAUGAGGGGUGAUCAAAGGGUUACCAGUGUGCUGUGUCCGUGUCCUUCACUGUAAGCAGACUGCUUUGGAUGGCUGUGCUGUGCACAGCCAUCCGAAGCAGUGUGCAUGUAAGGAACCGCCCGGUGGUACCUCUAGCAGCCCACAGUGCAAGAGCUGACAGGGAGGAGAACUGUUUUGUUUACAAACAGUUCUCCUCCCCGUCGGAGAUG